CACGGAAGAACCGUUCGCCUGGCCUAGCCGCCGCCUGGCCGUAGAAUUGUCAUGCUUGCCGGUUAUGUUCUCCUCCAGAAAGAUAUUCGCGUGAACAGCUCCAGCGCAGUAAAUCUGACAAGUUUCUGUUGCAGCUUUGAGAUUAAACAUCAGAAAUGAGCCUCAAGAAAUGUCAAGUCGAUGUCGUUAUCGUAGGGUCGUGUAAUAUGGACCUGAUAAGCUAUGUGUCCCGAUUUCCCAAGCCUGGGGAAACAAUUCACGGAAAGCGAUUUAGCACAGGAUUUGGAGGAAAAGGAGCCAAUCAAUGUGUAAUGGCUUCAAGAUUAGGUGCAAGGACUGCUAUGGUGGGCAAGGUUGGAGAUGAUUCUUAUGGCAGAGAUACAAUAAAGAACUUUAAAGAUAACGAUGUCAUUACAGAUUUUCUUAGCAUCACCAAAGAAGCUUCUACAGGGGUUGCCCCGAUACUGGUCGAAGACAGUGGUCAAAACUCUAUAGUGAUUAUAAGUGGAGCCAACUUUGAAAUCACGCCAACAGAUGUGAACCAAGCUAUGGCUCAUAUGGAUUACCCUAAAGUGUUGGUGUGUCAGCUUGAGAUUUUGCAAGAUACUGUUCUAGCUGCUUUGAAGGAAGCAAGAUCCUGUGGAAUUACAACUGUAUUCAAUCCUGCUCCUGGUAUACCUGACUUACCAGAUGAAUUUUAUCAGUAUAGUGAUAUUUUCUGCCCAAAUGAAACUGAGACACAACUCCUGACAGGUCUCUCGGUAUCCAAUGUGGAAGAAGCUAAGAAAGCAUCUUUAGUUCUUCUUGAUAAGGGUUGUAAGACCGCCGUUAUAACCAUGGGAAGUGAGGGGGCCGUCUAUGCCACCGCAGAAUCAAGAACUCCAAUACAUGUUCCCACUGAUGCUGUAACAGCAGUUGAUACUACAGGAGCUGGUGACGCGUUCAUUGGUUCUCUGGCGUUCUAUCUCGCAAACCACCCCUCUCUGGAUCUCGGUGAGAUGAUAAAAAGAUCAUGUGCAAUAGCAUCAAUUAGUGUCUUAGCUCCUGGUACUCAAACCAGCUUUCCUUGGAAACAAAACCUUCCUUCUGGUUUAAUAUGAAUGCUCUUCUGACAUUUCAGUAUGUGUAUGCUGUUUGUAAAAAUUAUUGUGUUAUUGCUCUUAAUAAUGCAGGGAUGCAUGAAAGAGUUCAGAUUUUUAGAUAGUUUCAUCCUUUUUGCCUUCAGCAUUUUUCAACAUUGGACUUUUUCAAACACUUAGUAUUUUCAGCUAUUUUUAUUUGUAAUCACUUUGUGAUAAUAUUCUGCUGUGUAUAGCAACAAAAAAAAUACACCAGAACAAACUAAAAGCACUUUACAAAGAUAAGUAUUUAAUGAAUAGAACACAUUUUAUCAUGUUGAAGAUAUUGGUAGAAAAUGUAAUAGGAGAGAGACAUAUAAAUGAAGAUUUGGCAAAACCCAUUGAAGAAUUCUGAAUUGAGUUUGUGACAUUGCAUGCAAGCAGCCCUUCUUAUUUACCAUAUUGCAGCAAUAUGUUAUUUAUGUUUAAUGCUCGUCAUCUUUUCUUGAAUAUGAAAAUUGUUCUUGAUUAAAUGUACACAGGAAAAUCAUAUUUGCAACUUUCUGAGUAAGUAAUGCUCUAUGAUAUAGCAUGGCAGAUGGAAGAGCUGUACACAGUGUUGUUGCAUUUUCAUCAAACCUCCAUUUAUACAUUUUCCUUAUUUUCUGCUUUUGUUAAAAGCUACUUGAUGUAAGAGUGGAUUUACCCUAUAUUCUCUCUGUUCCCAAUUUAUAUUUCUUUUGAUUUCCUCCUCAUCCUCCUCCUCCUAUCUCUCCUCUCUCUCUCCCUUCAAAUCCCCCUUAUUCAUCCUUUUUUCCAUUAUGGUGCCAGGUAAAACAUGGUAGAAUCAGAACUAAAUGACAUUUGUUUCUAGAUAUUUCUGCCAUUUUUCCCUCUGCCACUUAUACCUUUGCAUUUUUUACCCCUUUCUCUUUUUACCGUGCUCUGUCUUAUUCUCUUUCCAUUAUGAUGCCAGGUAAACAUGUCAGAAGUCAAAAUGGCAUAAGUAAAAUACAGUGCCAUUU